AUGAAGAUGGAGGCAGUGGGAAAAGCAGAAGAACUUGUUGAUUCAGAAGUUCCACCAAAGACUUCUGAAAAGCAAGAGACUGCUCCUGAUGAAGGUGGACCUAUAGAACUCGAGACACAAACUCAGAAAGACAAAGUGCCCACUGCAGCAGACUCUGUGGUGCUCUCUUCCAUGCCUUGCUUACUGAUGGAACUGAGGCGAGACUCCUCGGAGUCUCAGCUAACAUCUACAGAGAGCGAUAAGCCAAUGGGUGGUCGAGUUUACGAGAGUGACUCUUCUAAUAAUUGUAUGCUUUCCCCUUCUUCCAGUGGGCAUUUGGCUGACUCAGAUACAUUGUCUUCCACAGAAGAGAAUGAGCCCUGUCAAGCUGAAGCUGCUGUAGAGGGAGACCCUUCUGCGGUGUCUGGGGCUGCAGUUGGGAGGAAAUCCAGGCGAUCCAGGUCUGAAAGUGAAACUUCAACGAUGGCUGCCAAGAAAAACCGACAGUCUAGUGAUAAGCAGAAAGGGAUACCAGGUGGACCUCCAGUUGUAGCUCAUUAUGAUAUCUCGGACACAAAUUCAGAUCCAGAAGUGGUAAAUGUGGACAAUCUGUUGGCGGCUGCAGUAGUUCAAGAGCACAAUAAUUCUUUAGGAAAUCAAGACUCAGGAUCUACCUGGAGAACCGGAAGGCUGCUAGAUGAACUGAGUGCUAAUACAGGUCAUUUGGAUCCAGGCUUCCUUGCAAGUGACAAAACGUCUCCUGGUAAUGCACAGAUCAAUGAAGAAAUUAAUAUCGCCUCUUCUGAUAGCGAAGUAGAGAUUGUUGGAGUUCAGAAACAUGCCAGGUGUGUGCAUCCCAGGGGAGGUGUGAUUCAGAGUGUGUCUUCCUGGAAGCAUGGCUCAGGCUCACGGUACAUUAACACUCAGCGAGCACAAUCAUGGACAGCUGUGACUCCCCAGCAGAAUUGGUCUUCGCCCCCAGAAGUAGUAGACCUCACUUUGGAUGAGGAUACCAGACGCAAAUAUCUACUGUAA